CCCCAUCCCGGGCCUUUCCAGGUUCCCUCUCCGGUGAACCGGAUGCUCUGUCAGUUUCCUCCUCCGAGUCCUCGGCGGCCUCCGCUUCCCUGGCGAAGCCGCAGGCGCCCACGAGGGCACAGGCCGGGGGCACCCGGCGGCUGGCCUGGCAGGAGUAGGACGCCGGGAGGAGCUGGGCGCGCACGGUUACCGAGCGUGGAGGAGACACUGCCCUGCGGCGAUGGGUGCCAGGGGCGCUCCUUCACGCCGGAGGUUGGCGGGGCGGCGGCUGCGAUACCUGCCCACCGGGAGCUUUCCCUUUCUCCUCCUCCUGCUGCUGCUCUGCAUCCAGCUCGGGGGAGGACAGAAGAAAAAAGAGAAUCUUUUAGCUGAAAAAGUAGAACAGCUGAUGGAAUGGAGUUCCAGGCGCUCAAUCUUCCGAAUGAAUGGCGAUAAAUUCCGAAAAUUUAUAAAGGCACCACCUCGAAACUAUUCUAUGAUCGUUAUGUUCACUGCUCUUCAGCCUCAACGGCAGUGUUCUGUGUGCAGGCAAGCUAAUGAAGAAUAUCAAAUACUGGCUAACUCCUGGCGCUAUUCGUCUGCUUUCUGUAACAAACUCUUCUUCAGUAUGGUGGACUAUGAUGAGGGGACAGAUGUUUUUCAACAGCUCAACAUGAACUCUGCUCCCACGUUCAUGCAUUUUCCUCCAAAAGGGAGACCCAAGAGAGCUGAUACUUUUGACCUUCAAAGAAUUGGAUUUGCAGCUGAACAACUAGCAAAGUGGAUUGCUGACAGAACGGAUGUUCAUAUUCGAGUCUUUAGACCACCCAACUACUCCGGCACCAUUGCUUUGGCCCUGUUAGUGUCUCUUGUUGGCGGUUUGCUCUAUUUAAGAAGAAACAACUUGGAAUUCAUCUAUAACAAGACUGGUUGGGCCAUGGUGUCUCUGUGUAUAGUCUUUGCUAUGACUUCUGGCCAGAUGUGGAAUCAUAUCCGUGGACCUCCGUAUGCUCAUAAGAACCCACACAAUGGACAAGUGAGCUACAUUCAUGGAAGCAGCCAGGCUCAGUUCGUGGCAGAGUCACACAUUAUUCUGGUACUAAAUGCUGCUAUCACCAUGGGGAUGGUUCUUCUAAAUGAAGCAGCAACAUCCAAGGGAGAUGUUGGAAAAAGACGGAUAAUUUGCCUAGUGGGAUUAGGCCUGGUGGUCUUCUUCUUCAGUUUUCUACUUUCAAUAUUUCGUUCCAAAUACCAUGGCUAUCCUUACAGUGAUCUGGACUGAGUGAGAAGAUAUGAUUUGGACCAUGGCACUUUAAAACUGUAACCUCAGCUUUUUAAUUAAAUGAAGCCAAGUGGGAUUUGCAUAAAGUGAAUGUUUACCAUGAAGAUAAAGUGUUCCUGAGAUACAUUUUGAAUUCUUGAGUUCAUUUCCACAUUGUGAUAAUCUAGCUUAUUCUUGUGUAAUUUUUUUUAAAUGUGAGUUUUCCUGGUAAAUUUAAGUUAUGGAAGUAGAUGGUUCAAUUUCAUAUUAGCACUGGAAAGAACAAAGGAGACAUUGAAAUGUUUUCGAGCAUAUUAUAGUCAGCGUAUGCCUUAGGACUGAAAUAAAUGACAAUGUAAUUAUCAAUUCAUGUGUUAGAACUGUUCACUCAUUAGUAAGGAAAACCACAAUGUUAGUAAGAGGAAACUAUGAAAUAUAUGUUAAAGAAUCCUUAAGGUUGUACAGAGAUAAGGUGUAUGCAUGAAAAUGUCACAGUGAAACUCUACUCUUUGUCACUUCAGUAUAAAGGAUAUGUGUAUGAUUACAAAUAAUGUUUUGUUCUUAUUAAUCAUAAUUAGAUAAAGAGGGAGCUGGAUGAAUAGUGCCUAUAACUGGAAGCCUAACCUGGGAAGUGGAGGUUUUUUCCUAGGAUACAAAUUUUAAAGCGAACAGGACCAAAUCAACAAGCUUGAAGGCAUCAGAUGAGGGAAGCCUCCCGCCCAAACUAGACAUUAGUUCCUCUCUGACUUUAGAGGUAUCAGACGUCAGAGCAGUCCUUCUCUCAUUUCACUUUCGGGACGAGUUCUCGGAGCUGACUGGUUGCUGAAAUGCUGUCGUUUUAAAAUUUAGAUGUUAAGUUGAAACCGUCUUUAGUUUUAAAUACAUCUUCAGCUAGAGCACUGUGAUAGGCUCACUGAGAAUUCUUUCUGUAGGGGUGGGGCGCAACGGGCUUCCCUAGCCGCCUCUGCUUUUCCCAAAACAUGGAAACUUCCCAGCAGUGUGGAUGAACCCGGAGUCAGAGAAGUCUGGUUAUGUACCUGCUGGGCCCCAGAGUUUAGGGGAAUUAGUCAUACUUUUUCUCUGUCUUCCCUCUUUGGAAAGUGUAAAAUGAAACCAAAAUUAGACUAUAAAAAAAAGAAAAAAUCCAGGAAUCCAGACUUAGAACUACAAAACUAACCCAGUGUGGCCAUUUUCCCCAUGUUCCAUGGCAAAAGUUUGCAAUUACAACUUGGUUCCCUGAAUCCAGAUAGCUAGAGAGUAGUCAUCCUGUACAUGGGUGACUCAGUGAAGCUUUCUUGAAAACCAAAUAUGGGAAUCUAAUCGUUAAUAUGUUUGUAUGUCCUCUUUUAAUUUAUAAAGCACUUUGGCAGAUUUUUUUUUUUCUUUACAACAACCCUGUAAGGUAGACAGGAAUAUAAAUUUUGUCUGACUUACAAAAGCACUAGAAGCUGAAAGCUGCAAAGAAUAGAAAAACAGAGCCUGUAACCGGGCUUUCAAACUCUCAAACCUGAAUUUUUAUUUUCUGUGGUGCUAAACAGUUGAGAAACACAAUCAGCUCAAUCAACUUUUUUCUCUUUUUUUUUUUUUUUUUUUUUUUUUUAAGAUUUUGUCAUCUAAUUUUCAUUAAGAUCCAAAUAAUAGACCAUGGAGAACUUUGUUGGUUAGGAGUUUCAGGCACACAGUUUCAAACAGGGACCAGGUGUACAUCCACUGAAUUUACUUAUUUUGUACCUUUAUGAAAUUAAUAAAGAAUGGGAAAUAUCAAAGCCUAUAGGGGCAUAUGAAGCUAAAUUCCAGGGCAGUAUGUGUGCUAGCAAGAAGUUGUCUUGUCAAAACAUGAUACGCAGUGAAAAUUGCAUAGUAAUUCAGAACUAUAUUCACCUUACUACAUAUUCCCAAAUCUGUUAUUAAAAAGCACAUUAGGUCCCCUAGUUCCUGUUCAAAGAUUGAUAGGUUUAGUACUGAAAUGUCACUUACGGAAAAGCAUUAAAUGAUCAUGAUCAUUUAUUUAAUGCCUAUCCCUGCGUAGCACUUGACAUGUACAUGUAACUCCAUUGAGUAUUUUUACAGUUUCUAAGAUUCUUUGAGAAAAGACAUGCAAUUGAAGUUUGAGACCAGAUUUUACAUGUAAACAUAUCUUUAUUAUAAUUACAUUGGUCUGUCCCCUUAAGGCUGAGAGUUCUUAUUAAACAACAUACAUCUAGUCUCUAUAAAGCUUAACGUAGUGUUCAGUCGUGACCAAAGUCAGACGAUGGCCCAGGUAAGGAGAACUUCCCUAUCCCAGAUUAGUAAAAGUUUUCUAGCCUAUAUUAUGUAAUUUCCUCUCAACAUUAAUUUCAUGCCAACUAUAUAAAGACAUUUUUUUUUUUUUUUUUUUUUUUUUUUAGCAUUUUAUAGCUUACAAAGUUGUUGCUUUUCUAGACUGUUGUUGCAUUAGGGAAGUGAUUCUAGAAGGAAAUAAACUGCCUCAAGACAAGUUGUUAUUGGAAAGUGCUACAGGCAAAAACUACAAAGAGUGGUUCAAAUGGAGUUUGCUUUCAGAAGUUUGUAUGUGGAAAACCACACAUGUGAUAUAGGCUACCUUUACCUUUGCCAAACAAGUCACAUUGAAAAAUUAAUUUGUAUCUACUAUGCUAUAUCCUCCAGCAUCACUUUUCAACCCUAUUUACUGUUUUGAAGACUCCCUUAAAAACUGGUAUGUUUCACCGUCUCCAGUUAGAAUAAAAAGAAUGGCUUUCCUACUUAGAAUAAAAAAAAUCUUAACAUAAAGUUCCAUCUAAAGGAGUUUAAUUUCUAACAUCUGAUGAAUAAAAUGUUGCAUUUUGCUCAGCUGACUGUUCCUUUCAUCAGAUAUUUCACAUGAGUAAGCCUAGGAGUGUUGUGUGUAUACUGUAAUUUUCUUUUGCGUAUACAGUAAUAUCCCUUGUCAAUUAGCAAUCCAACAAGCAUCAUGAUUUAGGGAGAUUAGAUCUUGUAACCAUAGAGCUUGACAAGUACUCCCUUUCUUGCUAUUAGGAGAACCUCCCUAAAGGUACGUGAACAGAGUAGUUAUUUCUAAACAAGGCAUAUUAUUUUGAGAUCAAACACCGUAAACACUGCAUUUUACAAGUACUGGUAACAAAGGCAAACACAUUAACUGGAGCAUCUAGGAACAAAACAGUUGAGUGGACUUUAGGAGACAGUGUUCCUCAGGGCUCAUUAACCAUUCGGUUUAAAAUAUUAAAACGAGGUUUUUCAUAUUCUAGCAAGAAACUGUACUGGGUCAAACCAAUAAUUUAUCUAAUAGAAUUUUUCUAAGAGUGGGAAAAGGGGGACCAUAGUAGUCACACUAAAAUGGUACAAGUAUGUUCAUGUUAGCCUCUAAAUUCCUUUAUUUCAUUCAUGACCGUAUGUCAUUUAUGAAUCUUUCCAUACUCCUUUUGUUAUCUACUUAUGUCUGAAAUAUAUAUACGCUGUGUUUUUAUCAUAUAACAGUCUUAAGUAUAUACAAAGUUUUAAUGAAGUAUCACACAUUCGGACUAUAAUAGGAAAAUCAGGUCACUUGUUGGUACGUGUAAUUCCAUUAAAAAUGAUGCAUACAUAUAGGCCAUGAAAAUGGCAAGAUGAAAAACUCUAAGAACUCAUGCACUCCACAGAAACACUAGGAAAACUGGCAGUGUCCUUCAAUAUUGCUUGAAGUCUGAAAGAUAGUGAAAGGUUGACAGCAACCCUAUGAAUGCUUAAACAAAAUAUGACUGAAACUCAGAUGGAUAGUUUAAUGGCAUUUUAAUCUUAGUCUCCCCAGUCAGCAGUGGUCUUAAAAAUGGCAGCCUGUGUACCUGACUGUAGAGGAGGCAGAAUGCUCCUGUUCCUAAGGAAUAGUGUUUUGACCUGAGGAUUACUGGGAGAAUUCAGGCAAGGGGUUUGUCUUUGUUUCACCUAACUCGAAUUCCUCAGGGUAGAAAAGUGACUACUAGGGUGUUUCUCUGAAAUAAUGAAAUGAAUUUUUGCCUCAGGCAGGAGCAUGGUAACAGUUGUGACGGACAUAGACACAGGGCUAAAAGCCUGAAUGAAAGGAAGAGCUGGAGAGUGAAUUACUUUGGGGAAUAAAGGCUUUGAGAAGCUGCCAUGUGCCAAAACCCAGAUCAGGAUGCAUCCUCAGAAAAGAUCUGAGAAGACGCUAAGCUUUUACUUCUUGCUGAUGUUUACACCCAGCCCAAGCAAGACAUGAAGGCUAGAGCACAGUUGUCAACUCCCUGGAUAAGUGCUCAAGGGUGCCCCAACAGAGUCAGUGUGCAAAAGCCCAGGGGACUAGUUUCUUGUUUCUUUUUCUCUCUUUUGUCUGCAGGCACUUAAGGACACCUCUGUCAGACCACUAGCUGACCACUAAACCAAUGAAACACAAACUUCGCAGACCACAAAUGACAGCAUAAUUUUACAAAAACAGUUUUGAAAAUUCACUAAAUAACUACAAAACUCACAGCAAGCCACAAAAACUAGCUGUGGAGAGGGAGCAGAAUCCAAUUUCUAGAGUUGCUUCAUUACAGUAUGUAGAAUGACCAGUGCAGAAAACAUACAAAGUAUAAAUUAUACCCAUACACAGGAAAGAACUUAACAGACAAUGUCCUUAAAGCAGCAAUUCAACUUCCUAAAGACUUUAGUGGUCGGUAAUGUACUCAAAGAGCUAAAGGAAACCAGAUGAACAAGGUAUCACCAAGUAGAGAAUAUAAAUGAAGAAAUAAAAAUUAUAAAUGGAGUCAAAUACAAAUUCUAAAGUGGAAAAACCGUAAGUGAAUUGAAGAAGUCCCUAGAGCAACUCAACAGAACACGCAAAUCAGACACAGGGCAUGAGAUGUAAUUUGGCAAUAACCUCAUAAAAACAAAUGGAUAGAACUACAUGAGCAGUUCUUAUACACUAUCAAAUGUAAGCUGCUAUUAAUUCCAACUAGAUUGUUAUAAAUUUAAUAUAAACCACAAAGUAGUAAAGGAAGAAUUGAGUAACUAUAUAUAUAUAACACAUGUCGAAAACAAGUUGUAGAAUGACAGAAUUCCUUAUGAGUAAUUUCUUUAAAUAUAAAUGCAUUUAGCAUUCCACCUAAAGGAGAGAUUUGUCAAAAGCAUUUUUAAAGUAUGAUAUAACUAUAUAAAAUUACAUAAGAAAGGAAAUCUCAAAUCAAUACCCUUACUUUACACCUUAAGGAACUAGAAAAAGAAAAGCAAUCUAAACCCAAAGGUAGCAGAAUGAAGGCAAUGAUAAAGAUUAGAGGAGACCUAAACAAGCUAGAGAUACAAUAGAGAAACAAUAGAAAAAGUCAAUCAAGAGACACCUGGGUGGUUCAGUCAGUUAGGCGACCGACUUCAGCUCAGAUUAUGAUCUUGCGGUUCAUGGGUUCAAGCCUUGCAUUGGGCUGUGUGCUGACAGCUCAGAGCCUAGAGCCUGCUUCGGAUUCUGUGUCACCCUCUCUCCACUCUUCCCCUACUCACACUCCCUCUCACUCUCUCAAAAAAAUAUAUGAACAUUUAAAAAAAAAUUUUAAGAAAAAAGAAAAAGUCAAUUAAACCAAAACUUGGUUUCUUGAAAAGAACAAAAUUGACAAACCUUUAGCUAGACCAAGAAAAACAAAAAUAGUUUUCAAGCUUCUAAAAUUAGAAAGUAAGAACAUUAACACCUAUCCUACAGAAGUAAAAAGGAGGAUCAAAAAGUUCUGUAGAAAAAUCUUGGAAAAAUGGUAUUCUAGGAAGAUUCUGAGCUCACCUCUUCUUACAGACGAAUCAAGGCUUCACCUACAUAUAAUGCAAUUCAGUCAGAGUGACAUAGUGAAAAUGACAACACACGCACAAAACAGAGACACAGUGGGAACCCACAAGCAGGAGGGAUGGUAUAGGUAUGCAGGUCCUCCAUGAGGAACAAAGGGAUUAAGUCCCAUAUGGUGCACUCCUAGCCCUGGGGACCUGCACUGGGAAGCUGAGCCCCCAUAACAGCAGAGCUUAACUCUGGGACCUCUGCAAAUCAGUGGGGCUUAACCACCUAAAUGCUGUCAGGACUGGCAUUCUCUUGAAAGCAGCUACCAACCCAACACACCUGGCAGGCAGCCCCAGUGAGGAUCAGGAAGAUGCCUACUGAGCCCUACAGGAUGCCUUCCACCUAAGGCCACUACCUUCAAGACCAGGAAAUGCAGUUGACCAUCAAAAAGCAUAGAAACAGAGAGAGACAGACAAAAUGAGAAGACAGAAGAA